AGAAGAUAGUCGUUUCCUCAUCUGGCGAGGCAUUUCCGAAAGUUCGUGUACUAAAAAAAAGAUGGCGGACGUGGAAAUUGAUGUUGGGGGUGAGAUGCAAAAUCCACAAUCACAACAAAAAGAGAAAUCUGGAAAUGGGCUUGAAUUUCUACAAAUACCGCUUAACAACCUAGGAUAUCCGCAAGCUCAUGAAUGGAUUGAACAUAGGAAAGCUAAUGUUAGGCCAUGGUCUGUGUUUCUUAAUACAAGCAACAUAAAAUGUCCACCUAACUUAUCGAGAUUAAACAAACGAAUUAUCAGAAAUAUUGAAUAUUUCCAGAGCAACUAUUUAUUUGUGUUCAUUGGAUUAGUUAUAUAUUGCUUGGUUACUUCACCAUUAUUGCUACUUACUGUAGCAGCAUCUCUUGGGACUUGUUAUAAAGUUUCACAGCGGCAUGCUAAACAAGAACUUAUGUUUUUAAAUAAAUUGUCAUUAGCUCAAAUUUAUACCUUGAUUGCAAUUUUCACAUUGCCAGUCUUUAUUCUGGUUGGUGCAGGUGCAGCUCUUUUCUGGGUUCUUGGCGUGUCGUGGUUUCUAAUAACUUUACAUGCAGCUGUUUAUAACAUUGAUUCUGUAUUAUGUCCAGGAGAAGAUGAACUCAAUGCUUUAGUUAUGCAAGAAGUGUCAAAUUGUGGAACAGCAUUUAGUUUAUAUUUUCGUGAUGAAAUUCGUACGAUUGAUUUUAUCUUUGUCUGGGAUGAAUUUGAUUCAGGAGCCCAAACGUAUCGCAAUACCGAGCACAGACGUGUAUUCGAAAAGAAUUUGGAGAAAGAAGGUUUACAUUUGGAGCAUGAACAAACAGAACCAAAUGGUUUACAUUUCAUAAAAGUACAUGCACCUCGAGAAGUGUUACGGCGCUAUGCUGAAAUAUUAAAGCUUAGACUGGCAAUGAAGGAAUUGCCUGGCAUGGUAAUUCCUGAAAAUCGUAGUUACACGAUAAUCAAUGAAGUCAAUUCGUUAUUUAAAAGAAUUAUGAGAAAAUAUUAUGUUGAUCAGACCAUAUUUCCAAAUUUGAAACACAAUUUUACGGCUGUUUACAGUCGCGACAAGGAAUAUUUAUUCGAUAUAGAUUCGCCUAAUUUUUUUACACCUGCAACACGUGCCAGAAUUGUGCAAUUUAUCUUAGAUAGAACCAGAUUUACUGAAACUAAUCAUAAUGAUUUUGCAUUUGGAAUGGAAAGAUUGAUUUCAGAAAGGGCAUACGUAGCAGCGUAUCCCCUUCAUGAUGGUGAUCUACAAGCACCAGAUUCUAUGAGAUAUCUACUGUAUAAAGAAUGGGCAAGUCUGAGAAAAUGUCUUCAUUAUCAACCUUUGGAUUAUAUCAAAGAGUAUUUUGGUAUAAAAAUCGGGCUUUAUUUCGCUUGGCUCGGAUUCUAUACACACAUGCUAAUACCUGCUAGUAUUGUUGGCCUUUUAUGUUUUAUAUAUAGCUGUGCAACUUUAUAUUCUAAUGAACCAAGCGAAGAUGUUUGCAAUGGGAAUGGUACUAUUUCAAUGUGUCCACCGUGCGAUUAUUUCUGUGGUUAUUGGGAUUUGAAACAAACUUGUCUACAUGCAAGAAUUACAUAUUUAUUUGAUAACCCAUCUACUGUAUUUUUCUCUGUAUUCAUGUCAUUAUGGGCUACGUUAUUCUUGGAACUAUGGAAAAGAUAUUCAGUAGAAAUAACUCAUAGAUGGGACUUGACUGGUUUGGAUGCUCAAGAGGAACACCCUCGACCUCAGUACUUAGCACGUUUAUCGCAUAUCAAGAAAAAGUCGCUCAACGUUAUUACAAAUACAGAAGAACCAAAAGUACCGUUUUGGAAAAUGAAAGUUCCCGCUACGAUUCUCAGUUUUUCCGUUGUUUUAUUACUGAUUGCAGUGGCAAUGGCUGCUGUGUUAGGAGUUGUUUUAUACAGAAUGUCUGUUUUAACUGCAUUAAGUGUUUAUGGUCAUCCUAUGGUAACAAGUUAUGCAAUACUUUUUACUUCAGCCACUGCAGCUAGCAUUAAUUUGUGCUGCAUUAUUGUAUUUAACUGGCUUUACGUUUGGUUGGCUGAAUAUUUGACAGAGAUUGAGCUCCCUCGUACUCAAACUGAAUUUGACGACAGUUUAACGUUAAAAAUAUAUUUACUAGAAUUCGUAAAUUAUUAUGCUUCCAUUUUUUAUAUAGCAUUUUUUAAAGGAAAAUUCGUUGGUUAUCCAGGAGAUUAUAAUCGCUUUUUUAAAACGUAUCGACAAGAGGAAUGUGGUCCAGGGGGUUGCCUUAUGGAAUUAUGUAUACAGUUAAGCAUUAUCAUGAUUGGAAAACAAGCUAUGAAUACAAUAUUAGAAAUGCUUUUUCCGCUGUUUUAUAAAUGGUUAAAUACUUUAAAAGUACACGUCGGAAUGAAAACGAAAGACGGGAAGAAAAAAAUUACUACUAGGAAAUAUCUUCAAUGGAUUAAAGAUUACAAGUUGGUGGAAUGGGGUCCAAGAAGCUUAUUUCCAGAAUAUUUAGAAAUGGUUUUGCAAUAUGGAUUUGUUACUAUUUUUGUCGCUGCAUUUCCAUUAGCGCCAUUUUUUGCGUUAUUGAAUAAUGUUUUUGAAAUGCGACUGGAUGCCAAAAAAUUAUUAACAAUGUAUAGAAGGCCAGUUGGACAACGUGUUAGAGAUAUAGGUAUAUGGUACCGCAUUCUUGACUCCAUUUCCAAAUUGUCUGUUAUAACUAACGCAUUUAUUAUAGCGUUUACUUCAAAUUUUAUACCGAGAUUAGUUUAUCGGAUAACUGUUUCCAAGAAUCAUUCUCUAGAAGGCUUUUUAGAACAUUCUCUUUCAAAGUUUAGUACAAGUGAUUUCGCAAAUGGAACUAGACCAUUUGCUGAAUCUGGCGAUGAACAUGUAGAAAUAUGUAGGUAUCCAGAUUACAGAGAGUCACCAGAUUCGCCAAAUAAAUAUAAAUACACAAUUACGUUCUGGCAUAUAUUAACUGCUAGAUUAGCUUUCGUCGUUGUAUUUGAGAACGUUGUUGCUCUCGUAAUGAUACUUUUACGGUGGUGUAUUCCCGAUAUAAAUCCAAAAUUACGUGAUAGAAUUCGACGUGAAGCAUAUAUAACUAAUGAAAUAAUUAUUCAACAAGAAGCAAUUCGUGCUUCCGAAAGAUCUGCCGAUGAAAGAGAAGCGAAUCGACAUUUCACAACAAUAAACGAGAAUGCAAAUCGAUGGAAUAGAGUCAUGAGAAAUAAUUUAUCAAGUUCGGAUUUUGAUUUAGAAAUUCACGGGAGUCCUGUGUCUUCUCCCCCUACACAUUCACGAGUUGGACCAGCUGCGUUAUGACAAUUAUAGAACCAAUGAACAACUGAAAUAUUAUUAAUAAUAUUAAAUAACGAAAGUAUAUUGUUAUAGAAGGACAGUACUAUAAUGGUAUAGUAGCGUUCAUAUUUGUGCUACUAUGGUGAUAUAUUUUUAGAACUGAUGAAAAAUUGAUCUGAGAAGAACGAAGCUUUAAUUGUGAAUCUUACAACUCCGUUCCUUAUAAAUAAGACAAAGUACUUGUAACAAUUUUACUGAUAUUUAAAUGAUAUUAUACAUAAAUUCUUUAUGAGGAUGUUUAUUAUGAUAUAAACAACUAACUCAGUUAAUAGUGUGGCUUUUAUCAAUUUUGUUUGAAUGGGCUUAUGGGGAAGAAUAAUUGAAUUUAUUAUCCUCAGAAUUAUUCGUGAAACUUUAUAGUCAACAUUUAUUAUUAUGUUGAUUAAGAUCGGAAUUUAUGAAUAAAUUCAUAAGUCUUCCUUUACUUAAGUUCCUGUAAAUAAUUGUAAUACGUGGGAGUUAAGUUUCAAGGAUGAAUUUAUUUUAUUAUGCUCAUUACCGAAGGUGGCAAUUAACUAUUAAUAAAUAAUGAUAUAUUUUAUUUAUUUCUGUUUUAAUAAAAUUAUAUUUUAUGGUACUAAAA